CCCAGCCUCCACUCUCCCAUUUGCUAGCUGUUUUGGUUGUAUCUAAAGCCGCUGUUUGUACUUGUUCUAGAGGGAAUGUGCUGUACAAUAGUGACUUGAGUGACAGUACAGAAGUGUGCUCUGUCUGUCUGUCUUGGACCCCUGCUAUUUUUACUUGUACUUCUUUUUUGGCCAGCCAGCAAGCAGCCAGCGUCGUCUCGUCUGCCACACGUGCCUCGAUGCCUCUCUCUCCACGGUUCGCCUUUGCAAUGACUCUUUUUUUUUUUAAUCUGUGCUUGACCUAAACCAUUCUAGCCUUUUUUCGCUGUCGCCACCAAUAAUACCGUGCUGGCUUCCCUGCUUUUUCCCACGGCCGGCGGUGAGCGCGUGAGUCCUGCAGUGUCUCUGCGGCGAUUCUAAAAAAAUACACACGCGCCUACUUCUUUGUCGUCUUGGACUCUACUCCUCCAUCCUUCAUUUUGUCCUGUCACGGCCGCGGCUGUUUGGAAAACCCAGAGAUACUCCGAUUUGUUGUGCCUGCCGUUGUUCGAUUUACACGGCGCUCACUCAGCCUUACUUUCUUCUACCCUUACAAGCGUUGUUGUAUACUCGCUCCCCCCCGCUAUAUACUUGGCCGGUACCCCAAAAAACCGCCACUAUAAACCCCUCCAACACGCCGUCCGCUACCGGAAAACCACCAUCGCCAACCUUCGCAAAGCGUUGCUGCAAUGGCCGCCAUCACGCAGUACCCCGAGCACGACUUGUCCCAGUUCCCCAGCGAACUCAAGGGCAAGCGCGUGCUCCUCUGUACCGAGUCCUUUGGCCCCGUCAACGGCGUCAGCAGAACCACGCUGAUGCUCGUCACCCACUUGCGCAACCACGGCGCCCAGGUGGCCGUUGUCGCGCCUCACAACCACACAAACCACAACACCUUCUCGCCUCCUCCGUCGCCCAACCUGGGCCCCAUGGACAAGCAGCCCGAGGUCCGCGUCACCGGAUACCCGCUGCCCUUCAACCCAGAGCUCUCCGUCGUCUACCCGGUCCGCAACUCGACCCUCUACUCCAAGACCUUUGGCUCCGACGAGCUCCCCGACAUCAUCUACUUGGCCUCGCCCGCCAGCCUGGGCUUCCAGGUCAUGCUGCAGCUGCGCCAGCAGGCCGAGGAGAACCAGAUCCCCAUCAUCUGCAACUUCCAGACCGACUUGGCCGGCUACUGCGCCAUUCUCUUCCCCGCGCCGUUUAGCCACCUUGCCGUCUUUGCCUUUGCCGCCGUGCAGAGCUACCUCUUCCGCCACUCGUCCAUCAAGACCAUCUUCUACCCCUCGCAGUUUGUCAAGCGCUACCUUGUCAGCCAGAACGUCCAGGCCGAGAAGCUCUCGCUGCUCACCCGUGGCGUCAACACCGAGCUCUUCAACCCGACGUGCCGCGACAACGAUCUGCGCGCCGAGCUGGCCCCCAACGGCGAGAUCAUCUUCAUGACCGUCUGCCGCAUUGCCGGUGAAAAGGGCUUUGAUUUCCUUGCCAAGGCCGCCAGCGAGUUUGACGCGCGCGGCCUGCCCUUUAAGAUGGUCAUUGUGGGCGGCAACCGAAACCCCGAUGUCGAGAAGGAGGUCCAGGACCUGUUUGAGGACCAGAUCGAAAAGGGCAACGUGCUCUUCACAGGAUUCAAGCACGGCGACGAGCUGGCCAAGUACUACGCCAGCGCCGACAUCUUCCUGCACUGCUCCAUUACCGAAACCUUUGGCCUUGUCGUCCUCGAGUCCAUGGCCAGCGGUGUCCCCGUCAUUGCCCGUGACGAGGGCGGCCCCUCGGACAUCAUCAACCACGGCAAGACGGGCUUCCUUGUCCCGCCUCACGAUAUCGACAGCUUUGUCGCCAAGGCCACCAUGCUGACCAACGACAAGGCCAUGCGCGCCCAGAUGGUCAUUGAUGCCCGCGCUGCCGCCUGCGAGUGCACCUGGGACAAGAUCAACAACAAGGUCGCCUGGCGCAUGGCUGACUGCAUUACUGAGCGUGCUGUUGAACAGGAGCGUCUCAAGGAGCAGCCCCGUGCUGUUCUCCCCUCUGCUGCUGCUGCUGGCGCCAAGGACCUUGUGCCUGUCUACGGCUGGCUCAUGAUGAACAGCGCCAUGCGUGAGACCAUUCUCCAGCGCAUUGUCGAUGCUCGCCUUGUGGGCGGUCUCGGCAUCAUUUGCUCCUUCUGGAUCGUCACUGGUGCCUACAUGGUCUUUAUUGAGGCCGCCAUGUGGGCAAAGGGUCGCUUCCGAGGCGAGCGCCGACCCAGCAUCUCCGCCUAAGCGAACAGACUUAUACGACGAAUGCAGAAGAUGAAACGCAACCGACGAUAUACGAUAUAUAUACUGAUAUGUGAUGGAUGUCCUUUUUGCCUUUACUUUGUUUAGUUUCCUUAUUUUCGUUUCUUGCAAAUAUCUUGGGGCGGUGUUUUUCCACUUUCUAUUGGAUAUCUAUUUUCUUACUGGCGUUGGACCAAACGAUUUUGAUGCGUAUACGCAUAGAUUGCAACCUAUUCUUAUCUUGGCGUGCUAGGAGUAUUAUAUUUCUUGGCCAUUUUUUCUCACUCUAAGUUUCUCCUCCUGUUUCGUAUAUAUUUUUACAAUACAGAAAACCAAUUGAAACAAUACAACCAAAGCUGUUGAUGAAGUGUGAUGCUGCACUAACACAAAGGUAUUUAUAUUUGUACAUAUAACUUAUAUAAAUGAAUUAUUUAAUUAUUACGCUUGCUAUAAAA